AUGGCGGGAAACACUAUGUGCAUAUCUAUCUAUCUAUCUAUCUAUCUAUCUAUCUAUCUAUCUAAGUCUGUUCAUUAUCUAUCUAUCUAUCUGAGCCUUUUCAUUAUCUAUCUAUCUAUCUAUCUAUCUAUCCUUUUCAUCUAUCUAUCUGAUUCUCUAUCAUUAUCUAUCUAUCUAUCUAUCUAUCUAUCUAUCUAUCUAUCUUCUUCUAUCAUCUAUCUAUCUGAUCUAUUCAUCUAUCUAUCUAUCUAUCUAUCUGAGCCUUUUCAUUAUCUAUCUAUCUAUCUAUCUGAUCCUUUUCAUUAUCUAUCUAUCUAUCUAUCUAUCUAUCUGAUCUAUCUUCAUUAUCUAUCUGAUCCUCUUCAUCUAUCUAUCUAUCUAUCUAUCUAUCUAUAUAUAUAUAUAUAUAUAUAUCAGUCUAUUCAUAUCUAUCUAUUUGAUCUAUUCGUAUCUAUCUAUAUGUUUCUUCACCUUUAUCUAUCUAUCUAUCUAUCUAUCUAUCUAUCUAUCUAUAUAUCAUCUUUAUUCGUAUAUAUAUAUAUGAGUUUAUUCAUAUCUAUCUAUCUAUUUAUUCUAUCUAUCUAUCUAUCUGAUUCUGUUCAUAUCUAUCUAUCUAUCUAUCUAUCUAUCUAUCUAUCUAUCUAUCUGAUUCUGUUCAUAUUCAUCUAUCUAUCUAUCUAUCUAUCUAUCUAUCUAUCUUCAAGCAAAACAGCCAAAGAUCGCUGCAGCGUAGAAAAGAACUCUGAUAAACACCAAUCGUUUUUCUUUCUGCAAUCAGGUGGUGACAGAAAAGAUUUCGAUCAGGCUAAGAAUUCUCAUCGAUUGGCAGGUCAAGGUGGAGCGCUGACCGGAAGUGCCGGGGUCAGUAAUAGUCGCAGUGUCGCUUUCGAGACGCAGUGUCUCUUCCGUUUUGUGCCGCUUUGUCUUAAUCAAGGGAAAAGUCAAACACGUACUUGCGUUUUUUUCCCUCUUCUCUCUUCAUCUAUUUCUCCAUUCCUCCUUUCUUUUCCCUCUUCUUCAACCAUUACACUUAAUCUCCUUUUGUGUCCUUACCCAUUCAUUCCUUUUCCUUUACCUCUUCUCCGAAAAAUUGUUCUUCAUCUCCCUUCCUCUCUUUAUCCCUUCCUUCAUUUCUCCUUACCCUUUUCUCCACACUUGCUCUCCAUCUCUCUAACGUUAUCUCUUCUUUCUUUCUUUCUUUCUUUCUUUCUUUCUUUCUUUCUUUCUUUCUUUUUCACUCUUUAUCCAUCUCUUUCUUCUGUAUCUUUCCUUUUUUUCGUUCUUUCCAUCUCUUUCAAUAUGGGUCUUUCACCUGAUUCUCUUCUUUUCUUUCUUUUCUUUCUUUCUUUCUUUUUUCUUUCCAUUCUUUCUUUUUUGCUUUUCUUUUUCUUUCUUUUUUUUUUUUUUUCAAUCUUUAUCCAUCUUUCUUUCUUCUGUAUCUUUCCUUUUUUUUUUCGUUCUUUCCAUUCUUUCAAUAUUUCUUUCUUUUUCUUUCUUUCUUUCUUUCUUUUUCUUUCUUUCUUUCUUUCUUUCUUUCUUUCACUCUUUAUCCAUCUCUUUCUUCUCUAUCUUUCCUUUUUUUUCUCUAUCUUUCCUUUUUUUUCGUUCUUUCCAUCUCUUUCAAUAUGGGCCUUUCACCUGAUUCUCUUCUUUCUUUCUUUCUUUCUUUCUUUCUUUCUUUCUUUCUUUCUUUCUUUCUCACUCUUUAUCCAUCUCUUUCUUCUCUAUCUUUCCUUUUUUUUCUGUAUCUUUUUUUUCUCCUUUUUUUUUUUUUUUUUUUCGUUCUUUCCAUCUCUUUCAAUAUGGGCCUUUCACCUGAUUCUCUUCUUUUUUUCUUUCUUUCUUUCUUUCUUUCUUUCUUUCUUUCUUUCUUUCUUUCUUUUUCACUCUUUAUCCAUCUCUUUCUUCGUUCUGCUAUUGACCCCAAUCUCUUUUUCUCUCCUUAGUGUAUCUUUCCUUUUUUUUUCUUUCUUUCCAUCUCUUUCAAUAUGGGCCUUUCACCUGAUUCUCUUCUUUCUUUCUUUCUUUUCUUUCUUUCUUUCUUUCUUUUUUUUCUUUCUUUCUUUUUUCAUUUUCACUUUUAUCCAUCUCUUUCUUCCUUCUGCUAUUGACCCCAAUCUUUUUCUCUCCUUAGUGUAUCUUUCCUUUUUUUUUUCGUUCUUUCCAUCUCUUUCAAUAUGGGUCUUUCACCUGAUUCUCUUCUUUCUUUCUUUCUUUCUUUCUUUCUUUCUUUCUUUCUUUCUUUCUUUCUUUCUUUCUUUUUUUCUUUUCUUUCUUUCUUUCUUUGUUAGUUUUUUUUAUUCUCCCUUUGUCUCUCUUUCCCUUCUUUCUUUCCUUCCGAUUUUUUCAAUACUUGAUCUUGAUCUUUCUAAUUUUAUGUCACCUUUCGUUUUUUCUUUCUUUCUCUCCUUUGCUCACCAUAUCUAUCUCUUUCCCCAUUCUUUUCUUUCCCUCUCUGUUCUUCUUUUUUUCGUUCUUUCCCUCUCUUUUAACAUUGCAUUUGCAUCAGAUUAUGUCUCUCUCUCUCUCUCUCUCUCUCUUUCUAUCAAUUCUUUCUUUCCGUCUUUUUCUUCAGUUGUCCGUUAUUCCUCUUCGUCUCUCCCUUGUUUAUUCAAUACUUACCUCUUCUCCAAUUUCUCUUUCUCUCUUUUUAGUCUACCUCAUCUUUCUUUCUUUCUUCAUUUUCCUUCAUCUUCCGUGGGUUUUUUUUCACCUCUUUCUUUCGUUUGGACUUUUUUUAAUUUCUUUAUUCGCCCCUUCUUUUGUAAGUCAGCCAUACUUGAGAUGAACACAUCCUUAAUGAUGUUUUCUCGUUUUCCAAUAUCCGGCGAACGCCUGAACGGAAAUUGA